UCCCCGGGCCACCUCCACCCCACUGCAGCGCCAGGGAGCACUCAGACCAUGGCACCCAGGAGAGCCCGGAAGCGGACAGAAGGCGGCGCCACCUCCAAUGUCUUCUCCAUGUUCGAUCAGUCCCAGAUCCAGGAGUUUAAAGAGGCUUUCACCAUCAUGGACCAGAACCGGGACGGCUUCAUCGACAAGGAGGACCUGAGGGACACCUUUGCCGCGCUGGGCCGCAUCAAUGUCAAGAACGAGGAGCUAGAUGCCAUGGUGAAAGAGGCGCCGGGCCCCAUCAACUUCACCAUCUUCCUGACCAUGUUUGGGGAGAAGCUGAAGGGCACGGACCCGGAGGAGACCAUUCUGCACGCCUUCAAGGUGUUCGACACUGAAGAAAAGGGUUUCGUCAAGGCUGACUUCAUCAAAGAGAAGCUCAUGACCCAGGCCGACCGAUUCAGCGAGGAGGAGGUCAAGCAGAUGUUCGCGGCGUUCCCGCCAGAUGUGUGCGGCAACCUGGACUACCGGAACCUGUGCUACGUCAUCACGCACGGCGAGGAGAAGGACUAGGAGACCCCGCCCACAGGGAGGCCGGCGAUACUGGGGGUGGGGGUGGGAGUCCUGCAGCCACAGCGGGUGCUGGGAAGAGGCCAGAAUAAAAUCCGCUU